AUGGACUAUACCAGAAAUAUCAUCCUAUUCAUAAUUUGUUCAAAAUGUGUAGCUGUGAAUAUAGAUAGGUUAGAGGUACCAGCCACAGUCGAAUUAGGUACCGAGUCAAUUAUACUGGACUGUCAAUAUAGUACAAAAAUUGCAAAUCCAGUCGGUCUUGUUGUGAAAUGGUUCUUCAAUGGAUCUUCAGGAUUGGUGUAUCAGUGGAUACCGCCUUUACGACCGCAGGUCAUUGGACUUUUAAAAGGAAAAGUAGAUAUGAGUUUUAGAAUUUCAGAUGAACCCCUACAAGCGUACCGCGCUAUCAAAAUUCAGAAACCCUCAACAGAACUUAGUGGGAAUUACACGUGUGUAGUAUCUACCUUCACUGAAGAAGACCAGCGAACUCGAUCCAUGAUUGUAUACAGUCCACCUAAAAAAUUCAGAUUUAUACAAGAAAAGAAAUAUGUGUUUUUAGUAACAUUGAUGUGUUUUGCACAAGAUGUAUAUCCAAAUCCAGAUAUUGCAAUAUGGUCUGAGAGCAAAUUACUAGAACAGUCUGUAAAAGAGUCGAAAAUGAAUUCUUGGGGUCUCUACACAGUGACUAUAAAGGCAGUUGUACACGACGACGACAUCAAUGGUCUUUAUGAAGAGUUUAUUUGUGAAAUAUCUUUACCUCAUACGAACUACACGAGAAACCUCACAACUGUUUAUUAUCCUGGACUCAUGCCAACAGCGUACAUAUCCGCCUACGAAGUGCAGAAGCCUCAACAGCAUCAAGCAAAUAGUAAGAUUUAA